AUGUUUUUUCCAAAAGUGCAUCUCCAGAAUGAGAUGCCUGUGACGCAUGCACAGCCACAGGGAAGGCCUGGUGUGUUGUCCUCUGGGCAGUCCAGGGAGGACUCCAUGACCUUGGGGAGUCUGCGGGGAGUCAGUCCCACUGGGCCCCAAGGGGCGGCUCUGAUUCAUCAGAGGGUUCGUCCAGUGGCCCCUCAUCUCAGGCAUUGGUGGCCAUCAUCCUGCCACCAGCCCCUCCACACACCAGUACUUUCUGAAGCCUUUCCCACUUCCCCAGGAAAGUGGCAGUUUGACUCAUCUUGUUUCCCCACUUGGGUGUUGUCCUAUCUGCCUCCAUCGCUCCUGAGCGCACACGACUGUGUCUGGUCCACUCCUGCCAUCUUUCAUAGUCCAAUGCUGAAAGCAGACUGGCUGCAACCAUCUUUUAAGUCUCUUUUUAAGGUAAACUUUUUAUGGACAGAAAUGUUCCCAAACCACAUGUACAAAGCUGGAUUAAUCCAUGAAAUACACACACCUGUAUAA